UUGGUACUGCCAUAUUCUGUUUUUUAUUGCAGUAUUUAAAGGAAAUGCACAACUCAUUUUGAGAAAGCUAUGGCCAAAUCAAACUCAAAGCACAGAGUUUGUUCCCGGGAAUCUUCAGUAUCUUCUCUCCUGGCGGGCUGCAGCCUAAGUGGUACUUCCUCCAGCUCCAGCGGCUCUUUCCGCUACAAGGACAGGCUCUACGGCUCUGCCUCGGAGGCGCUGCAGGCCUAUAUUGAUGAUUUUGAUCUAAGCAGAGAACAUCCUGCUUCAAACACUGGCAACGUAAACACUGAUGGAGAGCCUGGUAAUAAGCCUGGAUUCUCCAGCUGUGUGGGGAAGCCAAACAGUGCUUUUGACAAUCUUGAUCACAAACAGCACUUUUACCCCUUAUGCUAUAGAAGAGAGAUUAUUAAUGACAUGGACUCCAUUAGCCUAACAACGGAUGAUUUGUUAAGACUUCCAGCAGAUGGAUGCUUUUCCUUCACUUACGUUACACCUGGCCACCGACCAAGCAGGAAAGACAAGAAAUACAGUGGAAGAUGGGAUUCAUCGAAUAUUAAAAGGAUUCCAAGUUUUCAUGUAGACUCUACUUCCAAGAGCAAGGAUAAUGUAGUUACUCCUGAUGUAUAUAGAAAUGUAAAUGGAAAGAAAUGUAGUAGGCCCAGAACCCCAAAACCUAUGACUAGAAAUAAUAAAUGUGUUUUGGAAUCAUCUUUAUCUUUUCCUAAAGAAUCAUCUUUCAAGGACAGUUCGGAGCACAGUCCUGAAAAGAAUUAUCCACGAUGGCUCACUAGCCAGAAAUCUGACCUCAAUGUCUCAGGGGUAACUAGUAUACCUGAUUUUAAAUAUCCAAUUUGGCUCCACAAUCAAGACUUGCUACCUGAUGAAAAUGGUCAAAGGGUUUAUAAGUUAUUUCAUGAAGAUGAAUGUUCCCCUGUACAUAGUUACCAGACACAAAGAACUACUCAGCUUACAAAUAAAGUAGAUUGUUUAGAAUAUUCCUUUGAACCUUCGAACUUUACAGAUUCCUUCAGUGAGUAUACAGGAUUAGUUCAUGAAUAUAAAUAUCCGUGUGAGAAUCCACUUCUCCCAGGACAAUCCCAAAAGCCAUUCUGUGGUGACAAAAUUGAAUUGCUUAUCCUGAAGGCUAAGAAGAAUCUCAAGCCAGCUACUAAAGACUUACCACAGCCUGUGGAAAAGGAUGAUAGUCCUUGCUCCCUAGAUAAACUUGAAGCAGAACGAUCAUGGGAAAAUGUCCCUGUAACUUUCAAAUCUCCUGUCCCUGUUAAAGCUGAUGACAGUCCUCAACAAAGUUCCAGUACACAAUGUGUUAAUGAGCUUCUUGACGGCUUUUUAAAUGAUGAUAAUCAGAGUGCCACCCUAUCUGGAGGCAAACAUCAUGGUCCUGUUGAAGCCUUGAAACAAAUGUUAUUUAACCUUCAAGCAGUGCAAGAAAGUUUUAAUCAGAAUAAAAAUACAGAACCAAAAGAAGAGAGUGCACAAGUGACAGAAGAUGAUUUCUCUAAAUUACAGUUGGAGGAAAAUAUGAUUCCUAUUAAUAGGUCGCUUCAAAAGGCCUUACAACAUUUAUCACGCCUGAGGGACCUGGUUGAUGAUACCAGUGGGAAACAGCCACCAAAAAUGUGAAGAGGAAAAUAAAACGUUGCUCACAAUAAACAGUCACCAUACAUUCAUUGCAUUAUGUACUUUCUCUAUUACUUACAUUG